GAUAUUUUAUUUAUAAAAUAAACCUUUCAUAGAAAAAGCAUUUAUUUAACUAACUUUACCACUUUUUGAACAGUAUUAUAUUUACACGUACUUGCUUAUUUCAAAUAGUAAAGAGGACAAAUCGCUAGUACAGAACAUAAACUUUUUUUUAUUUUUAACGAACAUUUAAAUUGCGUGCAAAUCAUGAUAUAAUUUUCCUACGCUUUAUUACUAUGUAUUUGGGACCAAACAAUUGGAGUUUGACCAGUUCGCCUACAUCAACAGUACGUCUAAAAUUCCGUUAAAUCCAUUUUCAGAAAUAACACAACUCAAAAGUAAACAAUUUCCAGUGUAGUUGUAAUUAGAAACAUCUUUCAAACCCAUAGUCUAAAGACCUUCGAACUUAAUGUGUGACACGUACAAAUAUAACGUCGUUAAAUACAAAUACUUUAAGAGCUUGGUUGAUAGGUAUACAGAAGUAAUAUGUUUUUUGUCUAAACUUUGUAAUUGAAACUUUUUUUAUAUAAUUAUACUAUUCUUGUAUUGAAAACUAUUUCAAUACAACAAUGUUUAGUUUCUGAAUUAGAAUAUUAGCACGGACCCAUCAUAAUGGACUUCAUGUUAAACUACGUUUAUAUAAGGUUAUAUGGACAAUAAGAUAAACCUAAUGUAAAGAUUUUUGUUAUAGAAAUAUAUAGGAAGAAACAAAGGGCAACAUGGUAUGAUAUGGUAUUUAACAUUUCUUUAAAUUGUAUAAUAAUUAUUAUAAAUAUGUAGCCUAAUCCAAAAUCGGACUAUUCAAUACAAUACGUAACGAAGCCAUAAACUCGGCAUAUUUGUGAUUUUUAAAGCGCAAGUACUGGUUUAAGUUCAGAAAACUGGCAGACAAGAAUCCAGUUAUCGAGUAAAUUAAAUUUUAAAUCAUGUCCAUAAAAAGAUUCGGCACAUUUGGGCUUGAUUACGAAUAAAAUAAACAUGACUCGGCCCCCACUCCUGCGCAGGGUGCUUGUUCAACUGAUUCGACUCGAUGUCAUGUUGUAUUGAACUCUAUGACGACCGCUCGUCUUUUGUUAACCGUUUACCGAUUACACUUUUCUGAAUGAAAAGUCCGUGAAAAGUGUAGAUUUCGAUGUGUAGUGUUCAAUUUCAGAGCUAAGGUUUUCAGUGGUCACGUGUGUGUGAUUGUUUGUAAAUCGUCUUACAUAACCGAGCGUGAGAAUCCAUUUUAACUGAAGGUACCGGUCAUGUGCUGAAAUGCCGAGCUCAGCAUUAGAAAGGGACACCAUCUCCGUGUCCCCAGUACAACCCGCCUCAUUUGAAGAUACUGUAGCUACUGCAGAGCCAGGCGAAACGAUAGCUACAACCAAAGAAGAGGAAUGGGUGACACGCAAGACGAGCGAAGUGACCACAACACGUCAAAUCGCAACGAGAGUAAAGAGGGAAUUGGUGUUGGAAGAUGGCCGCAUCCUCCGAGACUCUGGACCAAAGAUUUCUACUUCUGUCAACGAGGAUACACAUACCACCAACUUUCAACAAACUGAGCAUAGGGUGCCUGAAGAUCAGAAAAAUCGAGAACCGGCUGAAGAUAAUAAAGUAACGGGAGAAGAUUACGAUGCACUGGAUGGGCCCGAGAAUGCAGUGGUACCAAACGAUGCAAAAGUCUUGGUGUCUUCGCAAGUGGUUGCUAAUCCAGACGGAAAAGUUCGGGAAAGUCACGAACGAAGAGUCCUCACGAGAAAUAUCACAGACAGAGUGAGGGAGACAGAAGAGAAAAUACAUACUGGUGAUACUACGCACGAGGCUCUUAUAGCAGCAGUAAAUGAAACGAAGGAAGAAGACAUCCGCGAUGCUUUGAAAAACCAGACAGAACAUCAGCUAGCCCUCGUGCCACGAGGUCCUACACUUGUCAAAGAUACUGUCGCCUACAACACUACCAUCACCACUGAUGACACGGAGGAGUUGCGAGCUUUGCGUCCAGAUGGCACGAUACUGACAGAGAGACGACACACAAAGGAGCAGGAGCGCAUCUGUGACGAGGAAAUUAACAAGGACGAGGUUUGUUCGGUGAAAAGCGACGAAAGUUUAAUAAAAGAGUCCGGUGGAAAGGAAAGACGCAAGUGUGUGGAGACUGAGAGGUCAACUGACCUGAUGGCGGGUGGGCUACGCGUUGCCACACAGUUGCAGUCCCGUACCAGGACCGAAGAAGCUGAAAGAGAAGGACAACCAAUUAUGGAUGACGAGUGGGACAGUCUUUCAGUUAGAAUGCGACGGCAGCGCCGCCUUCGACUUAACGAUCAAGAAAAGGACUACGCAAAACGUCCAAUUAACUUUGACAUAGAGGAAGAAACGCGAAAAAAAGAAACCUCUAAAUGGUUAGAAAGCCAUUUUGGUAGUGAGUCGCGUUCUUCUCAUGACUCCAUCGCUGAGGAAAUCGAACGACGGCCGGAAACUUCUUACUAUGUAAAGAAGUCUGAAGACGAAGGCUAUUACGGGAAGACAUCUACUGUGCCGCCACCACCACCAGUGUUUCCUGAACGAGUUCUUCGAAAAACUAAGUCAUCAACACCUUCGGAGGAACGCCCGCAAGGCAAUAGGACAGGUGGAUAUUUUAAAGGUGUUGCAGAUUGGUCACAACGUCGUGCUACAAAGCCCAGAAUGCCUGAACCUCGCAGCUCAUCUCCCUCGCCACCGGCGGUGCGUUCGCCAUAUGCCAGUAAUGAUAGAUUAAACGGUUCUUCGCCGAGACAUGUGUACGGAAAGCGUGAUUCGCCUCAGGGAAGGUCAUCGCCAAUCGGUCGUCGCCACCCGCCCUCGCGCGACGACUCUGCCUACGUCUCUUCUUCGACCAUGCACAGUCCUCCACGUGGCUCACCAUUUCACCCACUUGAAGCGGAUCGGUCGUUCCGUGAACCCUCCAUUGAAGAUGAUUAUCGCCCGCCAGUAGUUCCUGAAAGGAAACGUAAUUUAAAGCAGCGGUCCGAGGACCAUCGUUACGAUAGCGGAUACAGGAGUUCAUCACGGAAUGGUAAUUCAGGACGUUCACGAGACAGUCACGAGGACAGUGCCGUAGAACCUCCUCCAGAUUAUUCGCCCCCGAGGGAGCGUCGAGGUAGUUCGGACAGAGAUAAAACCCCACCACGGCGCCGAGACGAAAGAAAGCUAAAUCAGAAAACUCGGUUUGCGGACAAUGGACGACGGCCGUCACCAAUUAGAAGAUCAAUGGGAUCAGCGAUUGGGAAUUCGAUAAGGAAGUUAGUGGGGAAGAUUCGGUCAGCGUCAGCGGAACGAAAAGCAAAGUGGCGCAACUCGAGAUCUCCGUCGCCGGAGCAUGCGUCGCGGACGUAUAAACAGUACGGGGGGGAGCUGGCGCCCCCUGCCGCUCCCCCGCACCGGUAUUACCUAGGAGAGGACCCUUUUGCGCCCAGCAUCUAUGGACGUGAGCACAAGUAUGACGGCAGUCCUAGACGCGCCACAGCUGUUGAUGCCCGUGACCAUCGCGAAAGAGGACAGUACUCAAGCACGCUCGGUCGAUUCAGUCAUUCUACAAGUCGAUUGAACCCGAACAGCGAAACUGAGGAAGAAUACGCCCGGUCAGCACAAACUCUGCCCAGGAAACUUCACGAACGCAAAGAGAAACCCACCGAAAAGCCAAGCUCAAACAAAUAUUGGCAACGUCUUACCUCAAAUAAAAGAUCUACAAGUGCCAUUAAUAUAUCGAAUAAUUCUUCAACGCCUGAAACAAAGGUAAAAGGUUACCCUCCUGGUCCCGCAAAACCUGCGCGGACCUACAAGGGUCUAAACAGAAGUAAGAGUUUUGCUAUGGGCGUUCCAGAACAAGAAACACAUCCUCGGUACAUUUCAGGCAUGAACAGAAAUUACUCCACGAUGUACAAGUCUAAUCCUCAUUUAAGCCGGCUUGAUGAAACCCCUGAACAGCUUAAAAGUCCUGGUAUUGUGUCAAUUAUAAAUCGAAGCCAACGCGAUCUCGCUGAUGCUGUUUCGCGUGAGACAGAACGUCGUCGCGACGGACUAUUCGGUGCCCGUUAUGGAAAAACCGCACCAAUCACCAACGGACAUAGUAAUGGUUACAGCAAGUCUUUCGAUGACACAGAUAAAAAGAAGAUGUUUUUGAAAGGACUUCGGGAUCGCGCACCUGAACUAUAUCAAACUUUGCAUGCUGACGAUGAGUCGGAUGGAAGCAGGUUGUCGUCGAGAUACGGAACACCAUCACCUCAUUACAAAGAAAGAAUAUCUGAAGAGCGUAAAAUCCCAGUUUAUAAAACCGAUUCUAUGAAUAGAGAUAGCAGCCCGUUUGUUUCACGUUUGGAGACGAGGUUGAAAACUCCAAUUAAUAGAAGAGAGAGUAACAGUAGUGACAAUUAUUCUGAGACCUAUAGAUACACUACUAGGUCUGGUGAUCCUGAGCGACCCAGUGUCACAGAUACUGUAGAGACUGUUAGCAAAAAAAUCGUUCCAUCCAAAGAUGGCCGAUCAAAGGAGAUAAUUGAAUCCAGGGAAGUCAAUUCGGUGACAAAAAGCAGAGGUUAUAAGGAGCCUAUUACAAUUAAAUAUUAUGAAAGUGACCGAACACCAAAGUAUGAAAGCAGAAAUGGUAUAACUCCAUUGUAUACAGAGCGUAGGCGAAGCAAUUUUAAAGUAACAGAGAAAGUUAGAGAUUAUUGAGAAAAUCUAUAUCAUCGUCAAUACCACUUGCUUCGCGUAUUUGAUAUUUUUAUAACAUUAAUACAAUACUACUUUAUAAGGAGGUUCUAUACAAGCGGAAGAAUACGAAGCCUUCACACGCUUAUAUUUUAUGUGUAGUUCCUGUCUGUGUUUAAAAAUCGAGACAAAACAAGACACUAUACGGAGCAAGGUCACUUGACACUUUCUGCCAUAACAUUGAUAAAUAGAGAAACAUCGAAUGUUUCUCUAUACAUUUAUUAAUUUACCCAUAAGUUGCUUAAUGUAAAAAGUCAUAGCUAUACUAAUUAUACUUAACAUUGAAACGACACCGUCCAGAUAUACCUAAUGUCAAAAUAAUGUAAUUCAUUUUUUGUGAAUAGGUUUACAUUAAUUAAUUAAUUUUUAACAUUAUAUUUCAGUAAUCUAGAUGUUUGUAAUCUUGAGAAUAAAUAUGUAUAAUAU